AUGCAGGAAGCUCGUAUGGCUCUUAUUAGUGAUUCCCAUGCCUUAGUCCCAUCGGAGCUUUCUCCUGAAGCUUUCAUUGUCUUCAGGAAGCUCAAGUGGUAUUCUACAAGGUUUAUACAAGGGGCCAAGAAAGCCUUUGUUAAUAACGUACAUAAUGCGAGGAUUGAAUGGAAAAAACUGCGUAAGGAGAUGCAGGCUAUAGUUCAAAGGAAGAAGAUAGUGGGAAGAAGAGCUAACAGUGUUGUCCAAGGGGCUCGGAGCCAGCUGAAUAUUGGAGAUCAAAAUAUCCAGAGACUGACUACACUGUCACUUAGUAAUAGAUCGUUUUGGGGUUCAUCAAGUGACGAGUGUGAUAGCGGUAACCCUCCUGGUCAGCUUAAUUUCGAAUAUUUAGAACAUGAUCAACCAUUUAGUCGUGAGCCUUUGGUCGACAAGAUUUCUGUUCUGGCAUCUCGAUUUCCGUCACUGAAAACAUAAAAGAGCUGUGAUCUAUCACCUUCAAGUUGGAUUUCAGUGGCAUGGUUUCCUAUAUAUAUACCAAUGGGUCCAACUCUUCAAAAUCUGGAUGCCUGCUUUCUAACCUAUCACUCUCUGUCUACACCCUCACCAGGUACGCAUCUUGCCAUCCUUCAUAUGUGGUUUCUUCAUGCUCGGGAGUUUCAUGGUGCUAAAAUGUCCUUAAAGAUACCAUUGCGUACAUUUGGACUUGCUUUUUAUAAGUUCAAAGUUUCAUUCUGGAAUCCUGAUGAAGUCCAUAAAUCUCAAAAAGGUAAUUCCCUUUUACGAGCCGCUGAUAGCUGGCUUUGGCUUUUACAAGUGAAUCAUCCAGGUUUCAGGUUUUUCAUUUCCUACAAUACAUACCGGAGUUGAGCUAAGGUUUAAAGCAUAACAAAACUCACCACUUAAACACGGAAGAAAAUCACAGUGCCUCAGCAGAUAAAGACACUUCCAAACUGCUGUAUCGACAUUAGCUCUUGAAAUUGCAUGCAUUAUUUGUAGUUCUUACUCGUGGUUGUGACUAAAAUGCUCUAUUAUGCACCGAUUAUGGCCGAUACAGGGGGGAAAAAAGGAAAUAGGCAUGAUAUUCCAUUUCAUAUGGUGAGCUUCCUAGUGAUGCUGAUGGCCUUGAAGAGGUAGAUGUCAACGGCUAGAGCAUCUUAAUAACUUUGUUUGAUGAUGAUGGUGAAAUAUCAGUGACUUUUGUAUACACAUUAGUCUUCCUGUGUUCCAAAAUUGUAAACACACUACUUGUACUAACACUUAUUAUAUAUAAAGGUAAAGUUUUA